AUGCGAAAACUGACAAAGGAAGGACUGCAACAAACGGACAAAAGGGUUGGUCUCAUGAAUGAAAUUCUAGCUGCCAUGGAUACUGUAAAAUGUUAUGCAUGGGAAACAAGCUUUCAGUCUAGAAUUCUAAGCAUACGAGAUGACGAGCUAUCAUGGUUCCGCAAAGCCCAGCUGCUAUAUGCUCUUAAUUCUUUUAUACUAAACAGCAUCCCCGUUCUUGUGACGGUGACCUCAUUUGGAAUGUUCACUUUCCUUGGUGGAGAAUUGACACCUGCAAGGGCAUUUACCUCAUUAUCUCUGUUUGCAGUUUUGCGAUUUCCUUUAAAUAUGCUUCCAAACUUACUAAGUCAGGUAGCAAAUGCAAAUGUCUCGUUGCAGCGUUUGGAGGAACUGUUCUUAGCUGAGGAACGAAAUUUAAAACAAAAUCCACCUAUUGAACCUGGUCUUCCAGCCAUUUCAAUUGAGAAUGGAUACUUUUCUUGGGAUCCUAAGGAAGAGAAACCAACAUUAUCAAAUAUCAAUGUGGAAAUACCAGUUGGCAGCUUAGUUGCAAUCAUUGGUGGUACUGGAGAAGGCAAAACGUCACUUAUUUCAGCAAUGAUCGGAGAGUUACCACCUUUAGCCGAUGGAAAUGCUACAAUCAGAGGCACUGUUGCUUUUGUGCCUCAGAUUUCAUGGAUUUAUAAUGCCACUGUUCGUGAGAACAUACUAUUCGGAUCAAAAUUUGAGCAUGAACGAUAUCGGAAGGUUAUUGAUAUCACUGCUUUACAGCAUGAUCUCAACUUACUACCUGGACUUGAUUUCACAGAGAUUGGAGAAAGAGGAGUCAAUAUUAGUGGUGGACAAAAGCAAAGAGUUUCCAUAGCUAGGGCUGUAUAUUCAAAUUCGGAUGUAUAUAUAUUUGAUGAUCCUUUGAGUGCUCUUGAUGCUCACAUUGCUCAAGAGGUUUUCAGGAACUGUAUAAAGGAAGGGCUGCGAGGAAAAACCAGGGUUCUUGUCACAAAUCAGCUACAUUUUCUCCCUCAGGUGGAUAAAAUCAUUCUGGUUAGUGAAGGAAUGAUUAAGGAGCAGGGAACCUUUGAGGAGUUAACAAAAAGUGGGCCUCUAUUUCAGAAACUAAUGGAAAAUGCAGGGAAAAUGGAACAACAAGCAGAUAAUAAUGGAGAUAGCGAAAGUAUUGACAAUGAUACAAAUUUACCCUUGAAUAAUGAAGCAAGUGUUGAAUUAGCAAGUGAUGCAAGUUAUGAGAAGAAAGGAAAAUUACGAAAAUCAGUUCUUAUUAAGAAAGAGGAGCGGGAGACAGGCGUGGUUAGUUGGAAAGUUAUAAUGCGGUACAAAUCAGCACUGGGAGGACUGUGGGUAGUUUCCAUACUCUUUGGAUGCUACACAUUAACCGAAGUUCUUCGAAUUUCAAGUAGCACAUGGUUAAGCGUGUGGACAUCUCAAGAUUCCACUGCAGAUUAUAAUCCGGCAUAUUUUCUUUUGAUCUAUGCACUUUUCUCAUUUGGACAGGUAUCUGUUGCACUUGCAAACUCUUAUUGGUUGAUCGUUUCAAGUCUUCGUGCUGCCAAAAGAUUGCACAAUGCAAUGCUGGAUAAAAUCCUCCGGGCUCCUAUGAUAUUCUUCCAAACUAAUCCGGUUGGCCGCAUAAUUAAUAGGUUUGCAAAAGAUACAGGAGAUAUAGAUACCAAUGUUUUUAACUUGGUAAACAUGUUUUUGGGGCAAGUCUGGCAACUACUUUCCACAUUUGUUCUUAUAGGCACAAGCACUGCUCGAGAGGUGAAGCGCAUGGAUUCCAUUACAAGAUCUCCUGUCUAUGCACAUUUUGGUGAAUCGCUGAAUGGUUUGCCAAGCAUCCGUACUUAUAAAGCAUAUGACAGAAUGGCACAUAUUAAUGGAAAAUUUAUGGAUAACAACAUCAGAUUCACCCUUGUGAAUAUAAGUUCAAAUCGUUGGCUCACCAUAAGGCUGGAAACAUUAGGAGGCCUCAUGAUUUGGUUCAUAGCAACAUCUGCGGUCUUGCAGAAUGCAAGAGCUUCAAACCAGGCAUUGUUUGCAUCUACAAUGGGUUUACUUCUCAGUUAUACUUUGAACAUAACAAAUCUCUUGAGUGGUGUCCUCAGGCAAGCAAGUAGAGCUGAAAACAGUUUAAACUCUGUUGAGCGUGUCGACACGUAUAUAAAUUUGGAAACUGAGGCUCCAGGUGUAAUUGAGACUAACCGUCCACCACCUGGAUGGCCAACCUCAGGAUCAAUUGAGUUUGAGGAUGUUGUUCUGAGAUACCGGCCUGAACUUCCUCCAGUGCUGCAUGGUUUGUCCUUCUCAGUACCUCCAACUGAAAAGAUAGGGGUAGUUGGAAGAACUGGUGCAGGAAAAUCUAGCAUGCUUAAUGCAUUAUUCCGUAUUGUGGAACUAACAAAAGGAAGAAUCAUUAUUGAUGGUUAUGAUAUUUCUACAUUUGGACUAGCAGAUCUACGAAAGGUUCUUACUAUCAUACCACAAUCUCCAGUUCUUUUUUCUGGAACUGUUCGUUUCAAUCUUGAUCCAUUUAAUGAACACAAUGAUGUUGAUCUAUGGGAGGCUUUAGAAAGGGCACAUCUAAAGGACGUAAUAAGAAGAAAUCCAUUUGGUCUAGAUGCUCAGGUUUCAGAGGGAGGAGAUAAUUUCAGUGUUGGACAGAGGCAACUGCUUAGUCUAGGUAGAGCAUUGCUUCGAAGAUCGAAGGUUCUUGUCCUGGAUGAAGCUACAGCUGCUGUAGAUGUUAGAACUGAUGCCCUUAUACAGAAAACUAUCAGACAUGAAUUUCAGUCAUGCACAAUGCUCAUCAUUGCACACAGACUAAACACAAUCAUUGACUGCAAUCGGAUUCUGCUGCUUGAUUCUGGUCGGGUCCUUGAAUACAGUUCACCAGAGGAACUCCUACAAAAUGAAGGAACAGCUUUCUACAAGAUGGUUCAAAGUACUGGAGAAGCAAAUGCUCAGUAUCUGUGCAGCCUAGUAUUUGGAAGAACAGAGAACAACUCUGAUGAAUAUAACAAGGAGUUGGAAAACCAUAUGAGACAAUUAGCUUCUACUCACUGGACCGCUGCCACCCAGUUUGCCAUAGAUGCUACCCUUUCUUCAUUACACCAUCAACUUCAAAAACCAAGUGGUGAGGACAAUAAAGAUAUCCUUGAUAAAACAAAGGAUGCAGUUACAACACUUCAAGAAGUUCUAGUGGGGAAGCAUGAUGAAGCCAUAGAAGAGACACUGUAUAAAUACAAUAUUCCUACAGAUAGAUGGUGGUCUACUCUCUACAAAGUUAUUGAAGGUCUUGCUAUCUUGAAGAGGUUGCCUAAAGACAACAUUCAACAGCUACAACUUGAUUUUGAUGGAAGAUCUUUUCACUGA